AAGCAUGCAACUGUACGUCGUGCUCUGCUUCCUGGUUCUUCUCGGCCUUUCAGCCGGGCAAAUGACCUUCACGGAUCAAUGGACCAAGAAGAGAGCAACACUUCACAAACAACUACCAGUGGUAACCCCAGAAGAGCCAAUCUGUCCAUCAGACCGUGUCCAAGCAGUUUUCGAGCAACUUGAUCAACUCCAAAAAGCCCAACAACGUCUUACCGAGUACCUUGCAUCGUGUGCCUAUCCAGUCGAAGUUCCACAAAAAGCCGAGAAAAUGUAAUAGGCAAUUUGGACAUUCUGGAUAUACUUUUAAUUUUUAAACUCCUUUGACGACUGAUAUUGAUAGCUCAACACAUUUCCCACAAUUUUAAUUCAUGGUUUUUAUACAAUAAUAUUGACCAUUGCCUUGUAACUGAAACAGUAAACAAUUAUUUUUUUAAACAAAGUAUUUGAAAUCUCCCAAGUUAUCCGUUAUUCUCUCUAAUUUUCUGUGCUUGUUUGUUCUUAUUAUUUGAAUUUUGGAAAUUCUAAAAUAACACGAUAGUCUCCACACAUCAAAAUGUUAUUUUCUCUUCUUCCACUCUCGAUAAACUUGCUUUAUCCUG